CCUUUUCAUGGUCUCAAACCCAACCGAUUUUCAUAAAAUUUUCACCAUUGGAAAAUUUCGAUUUUUAUCAAUUUUUUGAUAUACAAAUGUCAAAAAUCGGUGAAGGCUAAGUGGUCGAAAAGCCUUUCGCAAAAUUCGUAUAUUUUCGGUGUGUGUGGUGUAGAAAAGAAAAAACUUGCCAUAAACGCUGGAAUUGAAAAUUCCUUCCCUCGCCAUUUUGACUUGUUAAAGUGAAUAUUUCCUCUUAAAUAAUUUGCCCAAAAAAGCAAGUUAUUUUGUGAAAAACGUAUUUUUGUGCAAAAAUGUGUGUGGGGGAGAAACGAGAGCAGUGAAUAUUAAAAGAAAUUCAUAAAAGUUUCAUUAAAAAACUACCUCAAUGAGGAGGCAAAUAGCGAAAUAAAAAAAGACAAUUUUCAACUGCUCGGUCUCGACGUCGGUCGAAAAGGAAAAAGAAGUGCAUGUACUAAAGAAGAAAUGAUAAGAAAUGUUUGCGGUUUCACUUGAAAAUAGAUAAAACGGGCGUAUAGUUUUAAAGGAAAGAAAUUUACACAAACUUGGCACCCGGGAACCAGUCCAUAGGGCCGUAGUUCAAUUCUAUAUUCAGAGAGCCGUGAAAGAAUAUGAAAUAAAAUCGAAAACGUCAUCAUCGCGUUAAUGGCUUACAAAUGCUAGUCGAAAAAGGUUUCUUAAGCGCUUUUUCUUUUAAUUGUUAUUUGUUAUCCAUUCAUCCAUUCACGUUUGGGAAAAACUCUUGUUCGAAACGACGAAAAUAGAAAUAACCAACUUCAGCCAAAGCCGCCACACAGUUUAACUUUUCGAAGCUGCUGCUGCCUGUAUCUCCAUAAAUAUUCUAAAUUGUUGUAUUAUUGUAUAGUAAUAAAAAAAAACAGCCAGCCACCAUCAGCACAAACUACGAAACGAAAAGCUGGGCGCUGGGAAAAGAAACACACACAAAAAUGGCGCACUCAUCUACAGCAGCAACGACGACAGGUGAUAUAAUUAACUAUUUCUUUCAGGAUGAGAAUGGUAAAAUUCAUAAAGUUCUGAAGCAGGUUGAAAUUAAACAAGAACCUCAUGAAAACUCAUCGGCAGCAGGCACAGUUUAUGCCACAACCGUAAGCGGUAACCUGGGCACAUUUACACAAAUGAACACAAGUCAACCUCAGUUUGUUAGAAUACAAAAUAGUUACAAUAUCCAACCAACAGAAAAUACCACAUAUACAGUUGUAGCACCACAAAGUAGUAGUGGCAGUAACUCCACCACCGCCACUACUGGAACAAAUCCCAACAAUAUGCAAAGGCAACAACAGCAACAACAUAAUAACAACAACACAAAUAUCACAGCACUAAAAUAUGAAUCUUUGGAUGACUAUACGACACAUACGACGGUGGUCAAGGAAGAGGAGCGCUACAAAUAUAAACCACAAAUACUAGCAAAUAAUGCAAAAGCUGUAAACAAAUCAAAAAUCAACACAACCAGCCAUCAAAAUGCAUCCGUAGUACAAAGAAAACGCAAACCCGAAAAGGCCGGCAAAGGUUUGCGACAUUUUUCGCUAAAAGUUUGCGAAAAAGUUAAGGUGAAGGGUACCACAACCUACAAUGAGGUGGCCGAUGAAUUGGUGGCCGAAGAAAUACAAAAUAAUUCCUUCGACAAGAACUGUGAUCAAAAGAAUAUACGUAGACGUGUCUAUGAUGCUUUGAAUGUGUUAAUGGCCUUGCAAAUAAUAUCCAAAGACAAAAAGGAAAUUCGUUGGAUUGGAUUACCAUCCAGCGCUGUUGAGGAAUGCUCUCAACUGGAAAAGGAGAAUGAAGAGCGCCGAGAACGUAUCAGACAAAAACAUCAGCAAUUGAGGGAACUGCUGCUGCAACAAGUCUCGUUUAAGAGUCUCAUUGAACGCAACAAAGAAGCCGAAAGACAGGGUAUAAUACCCACAGCAAACUCAUCCAUACAAUUACCAUUUAUUAUUGUAAAUACGCAUAAAUCAACCAAAAUUAAUUGUAGUGUAACCAAUGAUAAGUCGGAGUAUAUUUUUAAAUUUGAUGAUAAAUUCGAAAUGCAUGAUGAUGCCGAGGUUUUAAAACGCAUGGGCCUAUUGUUUGGUUUGGAUAAGGGCCAUUGUUCGUAUGAUGACAUUGAACGUGCCAAAUCCUUGGUGCCACCCAAUUUUGAAAAAUAUAUUGAAGCAUAUGGUAAUGGCAAAGCAAAUGAUGACAUGACCUAUGAUUCGGAAGAUGAUGAAAUACCCUCUUGUGAUUUCAUUGAAUUAACGCAAGAUAGCUCUCAACAAGGCUUUACCACGACAACUGGAACUACGCUUCAUCACACUACCAUGUCCAUAGGUAGUGGAGGGGGUGGUGGUGGCGGCGGUGGUGGUCUUAGAACAUCUGAUCUCACUGACGAUGAAGAAUAUGUGGAACACAGUGAUAUCGAUUGAGGUGUAAAAGAAGUUACAUGCUGUAACCAAAUCCCAGAGACAUUUACAAAGAAAACACAACAACAACAAAAGAGAGAUGUUAACUCUCCCUUUGAGGGGCAGGGAAUAUUGUGCAAAUCUACAGCCUCCAAGUUCAACUCACAAAUGUCACUUACAUCCAACACAACAGGAAAAAGAGAAAAAACAAUAUUAUCAACUUGUCCUUUGACAUCUACAUCUUUAUCAAUAUCAUCAUCAACAAUAGCAACUACAUCGCCACCAGUUAUGUCAUCCACAACUUCCUCCUUAUCAAUGGCAUCGUCUUCAGCUAUUACUCCAAUCCCAGCUAAUUAUGAAAUAAGAAUAGAAACUAAAGAUUUUAAAGAUAACUUUAAGCAGCAACAGCAAUAUCAGCAGCAGCAUCAAAUAGUCAAUGAUGGUUUACCACAACUAGCAACAACAACCCAGGGACGCUGUAUAGCUGCUUUGGAUAGUAGUAAUUUAUCAGAAGAUUCAUUUAGUUUCUGUUUUAUUUCGGCCUUAUUAGGUUUGCACUAAUGUGCAACAACCAAACACAUACACAAAAGUAACAAAGUUUUAUUGUUUUUCUUUUUUCUUUUUUGUUUUUGUUUUCGUUUUUCAGAUUUUUUUUUUUUGAAAAACAAGUUUCAAACUCGUAUCUUUAUAAAGUAAUAGUAAGUUAUUUUUUAUAUAUAAAAGUAAGCAGGAAAGUUUUUUAUAAAGUGGUCCCGGGUCCAUUGAACAUUUUUUGUUUCUAUUUUUUCAAUUGAUUCUAUUAACAAUUCUCUUUUUGCGGAAUUUUGACAAGAUAUAUAUAUGAUAUGAAGUGAUUUGUCUUAAAGCACUUGAAAAGUGUUUUCUCCAAUUCAUUCAUUUACCUUUCUAUUAGUCUAUAAUUCCUUUGCAAGUGUUUUAAAUCCAUUUGGCUUUUGUGUUUUUUUUCCUUCAUCCAUUGAACGUUAUUAUAUCUGGCCUCUUUGUUUCUUUUAGAUACCUUUUAAAGGUAUAUAAAUACUCAAGUGGCUGCGUAAGCACUUAUAAAAAUUAUUUGUUUAAUUUGUCUCUUUAGAAUAUUUCAGUUCCAAUUGCUUGAAGCGGAUAUGUAUAAGUGUUACUCUGCAACAUUCAGUGAAGUGGCAUGCCUUUCGUUGUGAUUUGAAUGUUAAAUACUUAUACUUUUGAAUUAUAAAAAAUCAUUUUGUUGUCAAUCGCUACGAUUUUCAGUUCUACGAAAGCCCCUUUUGCUUUUUCCAUUUUUUGUAUCCCAAGCGCUUGAAAAAACUACUGCCUUUUUUCAAACUUUUCUCAACAAAAGAAAACUUAGAUUUUUUAAAAAUUGUUUUUUUAUUUUAGCGCAUACAAUUCUAUUAUUGAAGAUUAGUGUGGUGGUGGUGGCUGUAGUAGCCUACUAGCCUUGGGGUUAGCCCUAGAAGGCAAUAUUGUGUCAGAAAGCGCAAUAGAAGGCAGAUAAAGAAAUCUGCAAACAUAGAAGUCAUAAGUAAAUGUUCCAUCUAAUCAGACAUUUCAUGCCCCUAGAGAAGGUUGGUUCAAUUUUUGGGUUUAUCAAAAUCUCAGUCUACAUGAAAUACUAACAAGUAUUGCCAAAAACGAAAAUCGAACCCACAAUCUCGAAAAAUGGGUUUGUAUUGGGCCAAAGAUAGACCCAAGGUUUUUUUGGGCAGAAUUUUUAGAAUUUUCGUAGGUUAAGAUUAUGACAAUCACCUCAUCAGAGUUUUUUGGUCCGUACAUAUUGUUCGUAUAUAACGUUUUUGACAACCGCCUCCUGACUGUUGUUUGGCCUAUAAAAAUUGCCCCACCCUACUCUACAGUACUUUAAAAUUACCAAGGUUUUUCGGGUAAAAUUCUUAGCAUUUUGGUAGAUUAAGAUUAUGACCAUCACCUCAUGAGAGUUUUUUGGUCCGCACAAAUUGUUUAUAUGUAAGGAUUUUGACAACCGCCUCCAGACUGUUGAUCAGUCUUUACAAAUUGCACACCCUACUCUACAGUACUCUAAAAUGGCCCAAAGAUUUUCAUGCAAAAUUUUUACAAUUUUCGUAGAUUACGAACAUGACCAUUGCCUAAUGAGUGUUUUUUUGGUCCUUACAAAAUGUUGGUAUAUAACGAUUUCGACAACUGUCUCCAGGCUGUUGUUCAGUCUGUACAAAUUGUCCUACCCUACUCUACAGUACUCUAAAAUGGCCCAAAGAUUUUCAUGCAAAAUUUUUACAAUUUUCGUAGAUUACAAAUAUGAUCAUUGCCUAAUGUGUGUUUUUUUGGUCCGUACAAAAUGUUGGUAUAUAACGAUUUCGACAACUGCCUCCAGGCUGUUGUUCAGUCUGUACAAAUUGUCCCACACUACUCUACAGAACUCUUGAAUGAUAAGUAGACAAAGUAGCUGUAAAAAGAUUAAGGCUUGGAAAAGGGUUUUAACGCAUUUUACCAUGUCUUCUCUCUCCUAAUGUAGGGCAAUAGAUGCUUGACAUUGACUCCAAAUCUUCUUUAUCUCGAAAAAAUCAGUCAGAAGUCUGCUUUUUCUGUGUCCUGCCAGAUGUCAAAGACCAGAUAUUGCAAUGGCCAGUAUGGAUUAUUAUUUGUGGCGAGAGGUGUUGAUUCCUUAGCCUUAAGAGAUAACUGCCGUCCUUUUCCGUGAAAAAAUUUGCACAAAAGGAUGCAAUUACCAAAUUUACUUGAAGCCAGCAGUACCGCUCUAUUGAAUCAACUGAUAACUCUGCCAAAUAAUCGGGCUUUAGCCAUCUUCACGGAAAAUUUUGAACCUAUUACCCAGACUUACAUUAUAUGCCCUCCACAUUUUAUAUCAUUUAAUUUUGAGACAUUCAUAAUUCAAAGCAGAUCUUUGCGAAAUUUAAGGUGGAUACAUAGAAAAAAUAUCACGAAAAUUUAAUGAUUGAAUC